UACUUCUUUAGGAAAUAGUCAAAAAAUAAGUUUAUGAGUAGAGGCAACAGACUUAUGCUGCGACGACCAAACUUGAACAAAGUUGCAAAGAUCAAAACCAGUUCAUCCAAAAACCAGAAAUCAUCAAAAAUGGAUCCUCAAAUCUGGCACAAGAUUGCUGCUAUAUCUGGUGUAGCUGCUGUUGGGUUAGGAGCUUAUGGUGCUCAUGGCUUCAAGCCCCAAAACCCCACUUACAAAGAGGUGUGGCAUACUGCGUCAUUGUACCAUCUGGUUCACACUGCUGCCCUUCUUGCUGCGCCUAUCACUAAACAUCCAAACAUUUUUGGAGGGCUGUUAACUGGUGGAAUUAUGGCUUUCUCUGGAACGUGCUAUGCAGUUGCACUUCUUGAAGACAGGAAAUACUCAACCUUAGCCCCUUUCGGUGGCUUUGCAUUUAUUGCUGCUUGGGCAAGUUUAUUGUUUUAGGAGAACGGAUGCCCAGAGUUAGCAAGCUGCAGUUGCUAAACUUGAUUGAUGAUGAGCGUUUGGUGAAUUAAACGUGCUAGUGACACUUUCUUGUUUCACUUUCUGUAAAAGAGCAACAGAUCUGGUGGAAAUAUCCUGUAAGCACCAUUCGACAUUCCUUUAAUGUGUAAAAGAGAUGUUGAAGUUCAGUAUACUGAAUAUUCCAUAUAAUUCUUGUUUCACUUUCUGUAAAAUAGCAACGGAUCUGGUGGAAAUAUCCUGUAAGCACCAUUCGACAUUCCUUGAAUGUGUAAAAGAGAUGUUGAAGUUCAGUAUACUGAAUGCUCCAUAUAACUUAUUGAUAAAUUUGAUUUGAAAUUUCCUAAUAUGAAG